GGCUGGCUAUCUACACGAUCCCCACAAUCCAGCGUGUGUGCAUCCAUUUUUUCGCAACGACACUUCUUUCUUUCUUUCUUUCUACUCUCUUUCAUUUCAACAACAAAACAAAACAAAACCCUCAAAAUUCAACUAAUUUUCCAAUUUCAAUUCUCCCAAAUUCCCUCUCAUUUCAACACCAACAUCAAAAUCAUGGCUGGAUACAGAGCAGAUGAUGAAUACGAUUACCUUUUCAAACUUGUUCUAAUCGGUGAUUCUGGUGUUGGUAAAUCUAAUUUACUUUCUAGGUUUACUAGAAAUGAGUUCAAUUUGGAAUCUAAGUCUACUAUUGGUGUUGAAUUUGCUACUAAAAGUUUGAAUGUUGAUUCCAAAGUUAUUAAGGCUCAGAUUUGGGAUACUGCUGGUCAGGAAAGAUACCGUGCCAUUACCAGUGCAUACUACCGAGGAGCUGUUGGUGCCCUACUUGUCUAUGAUGUCACACGACGUGCUACAUUUGAGAAUGCUGCCAGGUGGUUGAAAGAGUUGAGAGAUCACACAGACCCCAACAUUGUGGUCAUGCUUAUUGGAAAUAAGUCGGAUCUCCGACACCUUGUUGCUGUACCAACAGAAGAUGGAAAGUCUUUCGCAGAGAGGGAGUCUCUCUACUUCAUGGAGACUUCUGCUUUGGAAGCAACCAAUGUAGAAAAUGCAUUCAGCGAGGUUCUUUCUCAGAUAUACCACAUAGUGAGCAAGAAAGCAGUCGAGGCUGGCGAAGGUAGUUCCUCAGCAGCGCCAUCUAUAGGACAGACAAUAAACGUUAAAGAGGAAUCUUCGGUUUUGAAGAGAUUUGGAUGCUGCUCAAACUAGAUGUUUCAUGUAUGGCAGUUGGUUUGGAUAGCCUGUGUCAUCUUGUAAAUGUCUGCAUGUGAACCGGGAUUUCAACUUGUAGCAUAAGGCCUAGUCUUACAUAUGGUUUUGGAUAAUGUUUAAAGCAUCAUUAUUUGCAGGAUUCGUUUUUCUUAAUAGCGGUAUUUUUAAGGUUGUACUUGAACAAAUAGAACUACCCAAAUUCAUACAGGUCAAGUUUCAUUUGCAGGAUUUUGAUAUUUGCUAUGGUGCAGCAAAUAACAGUUUGAACCUUGAAUCUCAAUUGUGUUUAUUUUGUUA